UCUGAUGAUAACACGUGCGCGAGUGAAACACGUUUUCCUAACCUUAAAUGUUAGAAUCAUGUGUGUCGUUUACGAUUCUUACGCGUGAACAUUUUGUAAUAAUUUUGUGAUUUAUUAAAUAAAAUAAGAUUACAUAAUGGUUAUAAAAAAUUUAUUUGAUUUCUGUGAACGAAGCGAGGAGUAUCGACUUAAAUUUGAUAAAAUAUUGACAUUAAAGGAACUAAAUGUGACAGAUUAUGAAAAUGUUUUAAAUAUAUUAAGUGAUUAUUUAUUAAAUCCAAAUUGCACAAAAGAUGUAGCCGAUUGUUUUCCUCAAUUACUUCCAGCUCUUGUAACUAUAGCUAUUCCCAUGGGAAGUGUACAUUCUUAUUCACCGUAUAGAGAUCUUGUUCACAAAAGAAAUUGCAUUGUUCUUUCUAAAUUGAUUAAUAUAAAUCCUGAUUUACUUACAUAUGUUUUACAAUAUUUUGACUCUAAUCCAGCGCCAUUUGAGUCGGAAGAAAAAUUUACACAAACAAAGAAACCAAAAUCUGAGGAAAUAAAAGUUUCCGAUUAUGAUAUUGUAUUAGCAUGUUAUAACAUUUUAUCAUCUGCUACAACACAUUUUAAACACAAAUGGAAUUGGUCUAAAUUUUAUAAAUUUUUGAAACACAAAGACAAUAGAGUAAAAUGGAUUGCUUUGAAAUGCAUCAGUAUAAUCUUGGGUAUGUCGGAGGCUGUUCAUUUAUCUUGUGCAGCAGUACUAAUUGGUGAUAUAAAAGAAUUUCUCAUUGAGUACGAAGAAAAAAAUGUGGAACCUCUUGCUUUGGAAAAUUUAACAGAUAGUAUGAAGAAUAUGAUGAUAAUACUUAAGGAUUUUCCAUCUUUGACAUCAAUUGGUAAUAUUUUGUUACCAGUAUUUAAUCCUAACAAAAUAACAAAUGAUGUUAGUUUGGUUUCCGUACCAUCUAUGGAAGAAAGUCUUCAAAGUUUGGCAAUAGCGCUUGCAUCUAGAAAAUGUAUAUGUUUACAAGGCUCCGUUGGUUGUGGUAAAACUGCUCUUGUUGAAUAUUUAGCAGAAAUCACAGGACAUGAUUCUUCAAAUUUUAUUAAGGUACAAUUGGGCGAUCAAACGGAUUCAAAAAUGUUAUUAGGAAUGUAUAGAUGCACAGAUAUUCCUGGAGAAUUUGUUUGGCAACCAGGUGUACUGACUCAAGCAGUAAUUGCUGGCAAAUGGUUACUUUUGGAAGAUAUUGAUAGUGCUGCUUUGGAUGUAGCAAGUGUUUUAAGUAAUUUAUUAGAAACUGGAACACUAUCUGUACCAGGUUAUAGAGAUAACAUUUAUGCUAGAAGUGGUUUUCAAUUGUUCGUUACACAAAGAUUGAUGCCAUCAGUGACUGGACUUAAAAAACAAAUUUCAAGUGCAUCAAGUUUGUUACAAAAACAUUGGUUCUGUAUAAAUGUCGAAGGAUUUUCAUUGAAUGAAUUAAUAAUAUUAGUACAGACCUUAUUCCCAGCGUUAAAAACUGUUGCCAAUAGAAUGAUAGACGUUUUCUUAUUAUUUUCUAUGGGUGAUCAUGAUGGUAGAAACAAUACUUUUGAAAAUUCAUCAUUAAAAACUGGAAGACAAAUAUCUACUCGUGAUUUAAUGAAAUGGUGUUCACGAGCUAUCAUCGAUUUUGAUGUUUCUUUGCCUAAUUCUGCUUUGAAAAUUUUUCAAGAUGCGAUAGAUAUUUUUUGUUGCUCUGUUUCUGAUCAAGGACAAAGAUUAAAUUUGGUUAAAACCGUAGCCGAUAAACUUGGUAUAGUGAAGACUAAAGCAGAAUAUUUCUGUAAUAUGUAUAAACCAUCUAUCAGUUUAAAUCUUAAUUUCUUUAUAGCUGGUAGGACAAAAUUAUUAUGUAAAAAGUCAGAAUAUGUAAGGAUGACGGAGACAAAAACUACUUUUUCAUUUACGAGACCAUCUGCAUGCUUACUUGAACGUAUUGCAUGUUGUGUUGCUCAAAAGGAACCAGUAUUGUUAGUAGGAGAAACUGGUACAGGAAAAACAAGUUCUAUACAAUAUUUGGCACAAAGUACGGGCCAUAAAUUGAUUGUAAUAAAUAUGAAUCAACAAAGUGAAAGUGCAGAUCUUUUAGGUGGUUAUAAGCCUGUUGAAUUGAAAUUUUUAAUAUCACCAAUUAGGGAAGAAUUUUUAGUAUUAUUUCGUUCAUAUUUUGCUCUUGAACCAAAUAGAAAAUUUUUAGAACACAUUGCAUUGUGUUACAAACAACAAAGAUGGAAAACUCUUGUAACAUUAAUGAGUUAUAGUACCAAUGCGGCUUUGAAAAAAUUAAAACAUGAAUAUUGUCAAAAGAAGGAAUCUAUUUUAAUGGAAAAGAAUGAAACCUCAAAGAAGAAAAAACGGGACGAAGAUGAUACGAAUGAAGAGAAGAUAUAUAGUUUCAAUGAAUUGCUAAUAAAAUGGGAAAAAUUGUCAGAGAAAUUGGAAAAGUUAGAAUUACAAGUUAAGGCCCAAUAUUCUUUGGCAUUCUCCUUUGUAGAAGGAAGUUUGAUAAAAGCUUUAAAAGAGGGAUAUUGGGUAUUAUUGGAUGAAAUUAAUUUAGCUAACGCCGAAACGUUAGAAUGUUUGUCAGGACUAUUGGAAAAAUCAUCUGGAUCAUUGUCCUUGUUAGAACGUGGAGAUAAUGAGUCGAUAAAAAGACAUUCAGAUUUUACAGUAUUUGCAUGUAUGAAUCCGGCAACUGAUAUUGGAAAAAAGGAUUUACCGAUUGGAUUGAGAAAUAGAUUUACUGAAUUUUAUGUCGAUGAAUUAACUGAACGUUCUGAUCUACAACUUCUCGUACAUUCGUAUCUUAAAAAUAUGAAUUUGUCUAUAGAAAAGCAAGAGGCAAUUGUUAAGUUUUAUUUAAAUGUAAGGAAAGAGGCUGUCCGUACUUUGCUCGAUGGAACUGGUCAUAAACCACAUUACAGUUUGAGAACUUUGUGUCGUGCAUUAAGCAUUGCUGGAACGAAUCCUUGUGGAAAUAUAACGAGAUCAUUAUACGAAGCUUUUUGUUUAAGUUUUUUGACACAAUUGAAUUAUGAUUCUCAUCCGAUUGUAGAAAAAAUGAUUUCUUCUGCUAUUUUGGAUAAUAAAAAUUUAAAAGCAAUCCUUGGCUGUCCAAUAUCCAAACCAAAAUGUGGAAACGACGAGGAUUACAUAUAUUUCGAGGGCUAUUGGAUUGUUAAAGGUACUUUAGCACCAAAAAGUCCAAAUAAUUACAUUUUGACCAAAACUGUUAGACGAAAUUUGAAAGAUUUAGUACGAGUAGUUUCCAUAGGAAAAAUACCAGUUUUAUUACAAGGCGAUACAUCGGUAGGAAAGACUAGUUUGAUAACAUAUUUAGCUAAAGCUUCUGGUAAUAUUUGCGUUCGAAUAAAUAAUCACGAGCAUACAGAUCUUCAAGAAUAUGUUGGAAGUUAUGUUGCCGAUGAAACUGGAAAAUUGGUGUUUAGAGAGGGUAUUUUGGUAGAGGCAAUGCGUAAAGGUCAUUGGAUUAUAUUGGACGAAUUAAAUCUGGCACCGAGCGACGUUUUGGAGGCAUUAAACAGAGUCCUCGAUGAUAAUAGAGAAUUAUUUAUACCAACAACUCAACAAGUUGUUAAGGCACAUGAUAAUUUUAUGCUUUUUGCAACACAAAAUCCGCCUGGAUUAUAUGGUGGUAGAAAGGUACUCUCUCGAGCAUUCAGAAACAGAUUUGUCGAAUUGCAUUUCGACGAAAUUCCUUCUAACGAAUUGCAAAUAAUAUUACAUGAAAGGUGCCAAAUGCCUGAAUCGUAUUGCAAGCAAGUGAUUAACGUUAUGACAGAUUUACAGAUAAGACGUAAAAGUACAGCUGCAUUCGCUGGUAAACAAGGUUUUAUUACGUUGCGUGAUCUAUUUCGAUGGGGCGAAAGAUAUAGAUUGGCACCAGAUAUUAUUGGUGAUAAAUUGUACGAUUGGAGUCAGCAUUUAGCUGACGAAGGUUAUUUAGUUCUUGCUGCGAAAGUUCGUAAAAUGGAUGAAGCAGAUGAGAUAAGAAAAGUAAUAAAGAAACAUUUAAAGAGAGACGUUGAUCCAAAUAAUUUAUUUUCAUUGAACGAUAAAACGUCUACGGUAACGAGACAUAUAUUGGAAAAGAUAUUGGAUAAAAAUAAUGCAUAUUACAAACAUAUUGUUUGGACAUAUCAUAUGCGUAGAAUGGCAGUAUUAGUGAAGAAAUCUUGUCAAUUUAAAGAACCAGUUUUGUUGGUCGGCGAAACAGGUUGUGGUAAAACAACUGUAUGCCAAUUAAUUGCUGCGAUGAAUGAACAAACAAUGCGUAGUAUUAAUUGUCAUAUGCAUACGGAAUCGUCCGAUUUUCUUGGCAAUUUGAGACCAGUUAGAGAACGUAAUAACGUAGAAAAUUCGAAACUAUUCGAAUGGAUCGAUGGUCCAUUGAUUAUUGCUAUGCAAAUGGGCGAUCUCUUUUUGGCCGAUGAAAUUUCUUUAGCUGAUGACAGUGUUUUGGAGAGAUUAAAUUCAUUGCUUGAACCUGAACGGAGUUUACUUUUGGCUGAAAAGGGAUUGAAAUUAAAUGACGAGGAUAAUAACAGUACCGUCAUGGCCAAUGAUAAAUUUAUAUUCAUUGGUACCAUGAAUCCUGGUGGUGAUUAUGGAAAAAAAGAAUUGUCACCGGCUCUUAGAAAUCGUUUUACAGAAAUUUGGUGCGAACCAUGUAUAGAAAUGAACGAUUUGAACGAUAUAAUAAUACAUAAUCUCGACGACGAAUUGUCUUUAUACAAACAAUCAAUCGCAAAAGCAAUAUUAUCUUUUAUUCAAUGGUUACCGACAACUGACGUGGGAAAAAAAUUAAUUGUCAGUAUACGCGAUAUAUUAACGUGGUUACAUUUUAUAAAUAUAUGCACGUGCAAUGAGACAAUUAAAUUGAAUAUUAGCGAUGCAUAUUAUCACGGAGGGUGUUUAACUUAUAUCGACGGUCUUGGAUCAGGAUUAACUAGUACAGAAAAAUCGUCUAAUUUGAUGGAAUUCAGAGAUGCUGCAUUAAGUUAUAUAAAAUAUCAAAUCAAAGAUACAUUAUGUUCUAAUUUAUCCGAGGAAUUUAAUGAUAAUAUUAAUGUUUCUUUCGACAAUAUAAAUAAUAUAUUUGGUAUUAAACCGUUUUAUAUUAAAAGAGGUUCCUCUAACAUAUAUCAGGAUAUGAAGUUUACAUUUUCACCAAAUACUACGAAAUUAAAUGCAUUGAAACUUUUAAGAGCAUUGCAAUUAAAUAAACCUAUAUUAUUGGAAGGAAGUCCGGGUGUAGGAAAGACAAGUAUUGUAUCUGCAUUGGCAAAAGCAUCAGGAAAUGCAUUAUUUCGAAUUAAUUUGAGCGAUCAAACGGAUAUAUCCGAUCUCUUUGGUGCAGAUCUUCCAGUAGAGGGAGGUCAAGGUGGUGAAUUCUCAUGGAGAGACGGACCAUUUUUACGAGCUUUGAAAGCCGGCGAAUGGAUUUUGUUAGAUGAAUUAAAUUUAGCUUCUCAGUCUGUAUUAGAAGGUCUUAAUGCUUGUUUCGAUCACAGAGGAGAAAUUUAUAUUCCUGAACUUGGAAAAACAUUUUCCGUAAAGUCAGAUACCAGAUUGUUUGGUUGUCAAAAUCCAUUAAAACAAGGUGGUGCCAGAAGAGGCCUUCCUAAAUCAUUUUUAAAUCGAUUUACACAAGUUUUCAUAGAUACUUUGACUGAAGAUGAUUUAAUGUUCAUUCUUAAUGUACAAUUUCCUCAAUUAUCAGGCGAACUUAUUAAAACAAUGGUCAAGUUUAACAGCGUAUUGGCGUCAGAAAUUGGUAUUAAUUGGGGACAUAUCGGUUCACCAUGGGAAUUAAAUUUACGAGAUAUUAGUAGAUGGUGCGAAUUAACAAUUAAAGAACAGCAGGACGAUUAUGGUAAAGAUUUUAAAAGGAGUUACUAUAAUCCUGGAAAUACAGUAGAAAUUAUUUAUGUCAGUCGAAUGCGAACGCAGGAGGAUAAACAAAGAGUCCGACAAUUAUAUCAAGAAUAUUUUCCAAUUGAUAAAUAUCCACUUUCGUCGUCUGAAUCAUCUGUAUAUAUUACAGAAGAAACAUUAUAUAUAGAUGAUGUAAAAUUGGCUAUUUCGCAGUCUGCUAUAUAUAAUAAUAAUUCAAAUUUGUUAUUAUUGAGAGAUCAAAGAACGACGUUAAAACAACUCAUGCAGUGCAUUAACAUGAAUUGGAUGUCUAUACUCGUUGGUGCAUCUGGUUGUGGAAAGAGUAAUGUGGUUCGAUUGCUAGCUAGUUUGGUUGGACAAAAGCUAAGAUGUAUUGUUGUCAAUUCAGCGAUGGACACAACGGAGAUAUUAGGAGGUUUUGAACAGAUCGAUUAUAAUCGACAUCUGGAAGAAUUGCUCGAGCGGACGGAAGACUUGCUCUUAGAAAGUUUGAAGAGAAAAAUUCAUAGCAGCGACUUGGAACAACUUGCCAGUUAUCAUGGUCUUUUAGAAAAAGUGAAGCGUCUUUCAGACGAUGAAAACGAUAAUACGAGAACAAUGGCUUCGGAAACGCAGCUCUUUUUGCGAAAGAACAACGAACUGUCAAAGCUGGUUUCAAAAAUAAAAACAUUGGAACCGUCUUACGAGUUUGCGUUAAAAGAAAUUGAGAUUAAAUUGAAAUCAUUGUCGACAUUCGUGGAAAAAGAAAAAUGUUUAAAUGCCGGUGGCAAGUUUGAAUGGGUCGAUAGCGUAUUAGUGAAGUGUCUUCGUGAUGGCACGUGGCUUCUCAUCGAUCAAGUAAAUCUCUGCAGUCCAGCAGUGUUGGACCGACUUAAUGGAUUAUUAGAACCAAAUGGUGUUCUAACCAUCGGCGAAAGAGGGGUCGAUAAUCAUGGAAAUGUGAUCACUAUUAAGCCGCAUAAAAAUUUUCGCUUGUUCUUAACGAUGGAUCCUCAUUAUGGAGAAAUUUCAAGGGCAAUGCGUAAUCGUGGUGUAGAAAUUUACAUGAUCGGUCCGAAAGAGAAUAUUCAUUACGAUCUAAUGGAUAUGAAAUCGAUGUUAUAUCAUUACGGAAUAACUAAGUGCCAACAUCAAAGAGCUUUAGUUGAUAUAUACGAAAGAAUGUCGAAAGAAAUCGUUACGAUCGAUAAACUCAAUAUAGUUGACCUAAUGCAUUCCGCAUUUCUGGUUGCUCGUCGACUUACUCGCGGUUUUCCCUCAAGGCAGGCAAUUAGAAUCGCGUGCAUUGAUGUGUACAUCAAAGGCAGGUCAACGAGGACGCCAGAAAUAAAAGAAUUUUUGAUCUCCGUAAUCGAAGAAAUUAUUGAUACUUUUGUAAUAAGCAAAAGUAAUAAUGAUAAUUUUAUAGAUUUCGAUGCGGCUACUUGGACUAUUAAAAAUAUACAAGAUAAUACAAAACUUACGAUUAUUAGACAGGAAGGUCUUUUUUUGAAAUCGGCCAUUGAUAUAUAUAAAUCUAAUCCAAUGAAAAAUGAUUUAACACCUAAGUCGUGUUAUUGGAACGAUAUAAUUGAUUUAAUCGCAAAUGAAAAUAUAGAAAUUUUAAAUGUCGAUGUUAAAGAACUUUUACCAUAUUUAUUGAUAGAUAUUUAUGAAAGAUCAACUUUGAAUGACGUUGAGAUCAGAAAUUUGUGGUUGACUAAAAUGUUAAUUAAGGAUGAUACUUUAAAGGAUCUCACGAAAAAGAACAAUUUAUUGGCAAGUGAAGUUUUGUCAUUUGACUUUCAUAUUUCCAAGAGAUCCUUACCUUGGGAUCUUGCAUUUUUACCAGGGAUUGCGGUUAACGAUAGAAACGAUGAAGUAAUGAACGAUGCUAAUAAAUUAGCUUUACUUUUAUAUUUGCGAACUAUGAUCAUUAUGGAUGAUACGAUCUUGGAUGAAAGUUUAGUUGAUGAGAAAGAGAAUACAAUGUCUGUGAAGCAAUACUCGAAUGCAAUAUAUCACAAUAAACUUACGUCAAACCUAAAGAACCAACCGCUUAUAAUUGAUUAUGUAAAAUUGGUUUAUCAAACAAAUGCAUCCAUACAUUCUCUAUUACGAGAUAAUUCUUUGUUGAUAGAUAACGAAACGUAUGUUGAAUUUAGACAAGGUUUGAAAUAUUGCAAUAGAUUUUUAUUAUUGGGAGAAAUGACAUUGAUAAAUAAAUCCUCAAGACAAAUUAUAAAUCUUGAGGAAAUGACUUUAUUAUUGAGAGUACAUUAUAGAUGGUUGAUCAAGUUUAUAUAUAAAUUAUAUCAAAUUAAUAAAAGAAAGUUCUCCAUGAUAUCUGAAAGAACGAUUAACGAGAUGAAUAAUUUUUUCAUUAUGAUCAAUGAAAUAAAUCAAUCGUUAUCAUCGACCCAUGAUCCAUUUAGGAAAAUAACGAAAUUGAUAAAGAAACAUUUGACAUUGCCUUUACCGCAUAUUUCUGAAACGUCAAUGAACGUACACUUUAAGAUGAGAAAAAUAAUAAAAAGAUUUUUACCAUGGAUUUAUGAUGGUACUAAUGAUCAACUUAUAAAAAAAGAACUUAAGAUAAUAUCUAUUCAAACGAACGAUGCAAUAACUAUACGCUAUCAGAUUAUAUCUUUAUGGAAUACAAUUUAUUCUAAUCCUAUAAUGGAUUCUAAUUCUGUUUUACAUGAAAUAUCCAAAAUCGAAGAAUUUUGUGAAUCAAAUCAUUUAGAUUUACAUACGCCUAUGGACGUAUCUAUGGUAUUAGAAAAAAUCAAUUCUAUCGAUUCAAAAGAAUUGAUCAAGAUAUCCUCAAAUAUACAAUUGUCACCAAUUUAUGAAUAUUUAUUUUUAUUAUUAGCUCAUAAUUCUUAUAGACAAAUUUGUGAAAAUACGAUUAACGAUGAAACUUCGUUACAAUAUUUAUUAGAAAAUUUUGCCAAAGUACCAAACAUACCUGCCAAUUUGAUUGCCAUAUUAUCUGCGAUUUUUUCUAACGAGAUUGACUCAAAUCAACGAAUGUUAUUGAUGUAUGAAUUCUGCAUACUCUUAUCUCAGUUUACUCAGAACAGUUAUGCCAUGAAGGAUUCUAAAAUGCUUUUACAUUGGAAUGGUAUAAGUAACGAUGAUGUAGAAACGUCUGUUACCACUUAUGAUAUCCUAAAGGCAAAUAAACACGUCGGCGGAGGCACAUUGAUGAAUUUAAUACUAGAAUUGAUUAUGCAAAGAACGGAUAAACAUAAGGAAGAUACAAUUCUUACUGCAACAACAUUAGGCUCGUAUACGUCACGUAUCGAACAAUUAAAUAAUUUGAACAAUAUUUUAUGGCGUAACAGCGUCACGUUAACAUCAAAACAUUAUAAUAUUGCCAACAAUGAUUUUCAUAUAAUGAAAUUUUAUUUGAAUUUAUAUAUGUCUGCCGUAGAAGAUAUGUAUUCUGAAAAUGAUGUUGAUAAAUUAAUCGUUUCUACAAUUGAAAAGCAAGGAAAGCAUAAACAAUGUGAAAUAAAAAACACGUAUAUAAAUGAAUAUCAAAAACCGAUAGAAGAAUUACGUGAAAUAAGGAAGAAAUUUAUGAAUGUAGAUAUUAAUAUUGAUAUUAUCGAAAGAGGAAGAACAUGGAUGUUAAUUGGUUAUUUUGAACUUUUGAUAUUUGGAAAUUUGAGUUAUAUCGAUCCGGUACAUAAGAUCAAUUUAAAAUUGAAAUGUCUAGAAGAAAAUAUAAAAGAUUGUAAGAUGGCAAUUUAUAUAAAUACACUGCAGUCAUAUAUUUUGAAAACGUCGUUAUGCAACGAGAAUAUUCAUCCUCGAUAUUUAGCAAUGAGGAAAUAUUUAGAGACAAUAUCCAAGGAAAGAGAUAAUUUGAAACUUUCCAAAGCAUUCCGAUCAUCAAUGACAGAUUUCACAAUGUUAACCAAAGACAUUAUUAAUUUCCGAAAUACAAUUGCAUCUUAUGAAACAGUAUAUAAACACAUUGAUCGUUUAACAUUUGUCAUAAAUAAAAUCAAUGAUAAACCAUCGAAGGAAUCCAUUAAAAUUGCUGAAGAUGCAUUAAGAGAAGCUGAAAUGUGGUACUUAUCGGUAGAACGUUUUACAGAACAAAUAGAUAUUAAAUAUUAUUCUUUUUAUCCUGACAUAAUUCUUCCUUUAUUAGUAGCAUUGAUACAUUUAAAGGAAGGAAUUUCUCUUUUAAUUAAUGAAACGAAAAAAGAAAUAUCAUCAAUAAUAAUAGAUUCUAAUAAAGGGAAUUUAGAAAUAUUUAUUUAUAAUAUGAUACGUUAUCCAACUAUUGGAUUGGGACAAGAUAAUCUAUUACAUUUGGUUGAUACAUGUCAAUCGAAUUAUAUCAAACUUAUGAUUAGUAAAACCUUACGUUUAACAGAUACUUCGAUGUCUGUUAAAGAACAAUUUCGUAUUGUUAAAUGUGGCUUGUACGAAUUAUAUAAUUAUAUAUUAUUAAAUAGAAAUUUGUCAAUGAGUCAUUGGAAAUUAUUGAAUGAAUUAUUACAACAACUCGUGACAAUAUGGAAACAACAGGAAGAGGAAGCUGAAAAAUUAGCGAUAGAGAAAGAAAGUCUUUAUAGAAAUAAAUCAAUUGGAAAAUCAUCGAACGAAGACGAUGAUCUUAUUUCCGAACUUCAAUAUUUCUUUCCGACAUAUCGUGAAAAAGAUUUCAAUGACAUUGAAAAUAUUAUUGAAUUGAAUUUAGAAGAUAAUGUUAUAUCUACGGAAUUAAAAGAAUCAUGCGUUAAUAUUAUUUCGAACGAUGAUAUUAAAGAAAUUCAACAAAUUCAUUCUAAUGUCGUAACAUCGUUCGUAAAAUCCGAAUGGAUAUAUCGUGAUAACGAUAAUAUAGAACCUAAUUACAUUCGUCCUUUAUUACAACGAUACGAGAUAGCUCGUUUAUUAUUGAAUAAUAAUCAAUUCAAUUUAAAUGAAAAUUUUACAUCAAAAUUAUAUAACAGCUUGCAUAUGUUAGUUUCGCAAUCAUUGCGAAUUACUGAAGAUGAGAAUACCCAACAAAUGAUGUUUAGUAUGAUUAAAGCAUAUAAAAAAUCAUACGACUUUUAUAAAGAUUCUAAUAUUCAACAAGUUAAACAAUGUUUGCCAUUGUGCAAAUGUAUUUUAACUAAGAUCAAUGAAUUUUUAAAACAAUGGUCGGAACAUCCUACAUUGAAAUCGAUAAAAUGUAUUAUAGAAAGAAUUUAUAAUUUUCCAAUUACAUCUCCUCUUGUAAGAUUUUUAACGGGUUUAGAAUUAUUAUUAGUAAAAUUACAUCAAUGGGAAGAAAAUGCUCAUGUAGGUGUUAGCUUGUCAAAUGAUAUUUUGACAUUGACACAACAAAUUAUUUCAUGGAGAAAACUUGAAUUAACUUGUUGGAAGAAUUGUCUCGAUACUGCCUUUGAAAAUUUACGAUCGCAAACAUCCAAAUGGUGGUUUUAUCUCUAUGCAUUAAUCGAAAGUUAUAUGUUUAAAUCAAUAUCUACGAUUAAAACGAGCAAUAUCAUUAAAGAAAAUGAAUCUAUUAAUAAAGAAAAAUUAAUAGAAUUAUUAGAACGAUUUAUCAAUGAAUCACCAAUUGUUGAAUUUGAAACAAGACUUGAUUUAUUAUUGACGUUCCAUUGCCAUGUACUUUACUUUCAGCCAUCUAUCGAGAAAGAAGAUCUCUUAGCUAUAUUGUGGAAUAUAUAUAAUUAUUAUAAACAAUUUGUGCAGGAUGUAAAUACAAAAAUUCAUGGAUUUAAAGUACCCAUUGAAAAGAAAUUAAAGGAUUUCGUUAAAAUUGCACGUUGGAAUGAUAUUAAUUAUUGGUCUGUUAAAGAAACUAUCGAUAAAACACACAGGACAUUGCAUAAAUUUAUAAAGGAAUAUGAAAAUGUUUUGAAGCAAAAUGUUCUAUCGUGUUUGACUGUAACGGCUGAAAGUUGUAAUGCAAAUUUAAGAAAUGAUUGUAAAUGUGAUAAUGCUCAAAAGGAAUAUCCAAUAAAUCCCAAUGAUUUUAUCAUUUCUGAUAGCAUAAUGAAAAAUAUUAAUACAAAGGAUAUAAAGUUUAAAUUGGAAUCGAUAGAUAUUAAUAAUCAGAAUAUUAAAUAUGAAUUUGUAUCGAGCAUAGGAAAACUUUUAAAUAAAGCUAAAUGUUAUUGCAAAGAAAUCAUUUUAACAAGCUCAUAUCCUUCUAUAAGAAUGGAUAUUGAAAAUUUUAUACAAGAUUAUAUAGAACAGAGUAUUCAUUUAAGAAAUAUUGAGAUUGAUAGAUCAUUGUCAAAAAGCAAACAAAAAUCACAAGCAAAAAGUAUAUUGCAACAAAAGAAAAUGAUAUUAGCUAAUUAUUUCAAAGCUUUAAAUCUUAUGGGUGUAUCAUAUCGUACUGGUAUAUUAAAGUGGAAAAACGAUAUGAAUAAAGUUAUAGAUUUUACAAUAUCACCAUUAGAUAUCUCUGUAAUAACGAAAUAUUUCAAUUUGUCUAAUAUAGAUGAACAAAUGCUUAUACAAUGGUCAGGUUGUGACAAAUAUUAUUAUAAAUCUAUCAUCAAAUUAAAUGCACUCAAUGCAAUAUUAAGAAGUACACAAACUGACUUAGGUCAACAGAACAUAGAACGCUGUCGUGGUUAUUCAUGUCACAUAAUGUUAAUGGCUAAUAAACAAAGAUUAAUUUUAAGUAAAUUAUUUAAUUAUUUCAAGCCUCUUAGAGUACUCGUUAGAAAUUUAUUACAAAUUGAUAAUAUUUAUAUUGAUAUUUCCAAUGAAUUUCAAAAUAAUAUUAAAGAUAUAAAAGAAUCAAUGAUAAAUGUGGAACUUAGUUUUGUGCAACUUUUGUUAUAUUUACAAUGUUCUCCGAACAAGUCAUCGUUCGAAAUACAUACUGAUACAUUAGUUUUAGAAAAAAAUACAUUACCGAUAUUAGAUUCUUGCGAUGAUAUAAUAUUGGAUAAUAUGAAAAUUAAAUUAAACGAAAAUUUAAAUCUGAUAAGAAAAAUUGGAAAAAUUUUCAAUUCCGCAUUUAUUUCUACGAAUGUAAAGGAUAUGAUAAAUGAAAAAACUUUCGACUUGUAUCAUUUAAAAGUUUUAGAGGAUACUUGCAAAGAGAUUGCUAUGUUAAAAAUGCAAAUAAAUGCAUUAUUUCAUGCUUUUAGUUCUACAAAUGCUAUGCAUCCUAUCGUAGAAAGUAUAACAUUUUUACAAACACAAAUUGAAUGUAGUAUUAAUGCAUUUAAUGAAUUAAAAAAAUUACCGAUAAACAAAAAUACAGAUUUAUGUUCAAAUGAUGCUGAUUGUAUUAAACGUUCUAUAGAUAAUCUGAUAAAGGAUAUUUUACUUGUUGUACAAAAAAAAUACAAAGCCAAUACAAGUGAAGAUGAUAAACGAUGUUUAAACGAUGAUGAUGAUAAUGAUAAUGAUGAGAAAGAUGUGGACGAUGAUUUUGAACAGAAUAAAUUAAAAGAAAAAUUAAUAGAAGAUUUGGAAAAGAAUAUAGAAGAAUUGAAAAUUUCUCACAUAUAUGAAUUGGUUAAAAAUCUUUUGUUCAAAAUAGGCGAAAAUCAAGAUUGUAAAAGAUUAAUCUUACAGUGUUUGCCAAUAAUGGAACAAUAUCUUUUAUUAGUACAGUUCUAUUUGAAUGAACAAGUUGCAUCCUUUCGAGUAACUUGCAAACUAUUGUAUUUACAAUUGAAUGUAUUCUUGGAUUUAGCUACAAAUGGUUUCUGCGUUCCCAAAGAUUUAGAUAUAGAGGAAGGUGAUACAGAAGAGUCUGGAGAUAAUGUUAAAACAGGUGGAAUGGGUUUGGGUGAAGGAGAAGGACAAAAAGAUGUUUCAGACAGAAUUGAAAGUGAGGAUCAAUUGGAAGAUGCAAAACGAGCCGACGAAGAAGAACAAAAAUCAGAAGACAAAGAUUGUAAAGAAGAGGAUAAGGGAAUUGAAAUGUCUGAGAAUUUUGAUAGCAAGUUACAAGAUAUUGAGAAAGAUGAAAAUAAUGAAAAACGAGAUGAUGACGAAGAAGAUGAUGAUUUAGAUAAAGAAAUGGGAGAAACAGAGGAAGGCGCUGAACAAUUGGAUAAAGAAAUUUGGGGCGAUGACGAAGAAGAAGAAUCUGAAAAUGAAAAUAAUCAAUCAUCCAAAGAUAAGGAAGAAGAACGAGGACAAGGCGAAGAGAUUGGUGAUAAAGAGAUCACUGCAAAGGAUGACUCGAAUAAGGAAGAUCGUCGUGAUGAUGAAAAAGAACAUCACGAAGAUGAACAACGUGAAGAAGAAAAGAAGGAAAUUAAUGAAAUAAAUGAGCCAGAAUAUAACGAUGAUCAAAUCGAUCCUUAUCAUGGUAAACAUCAACCGCAGCCAGAACCUGAACCAUUUGAUUUACCAGAAGAUAUGAAUUUGGAUAAUGAUGAUGAUGAUGAUAAUAAUGAAAAAGAAGAAAAUCAUCCUGACCAUGAAAAUCCUUUUGAUAUAGAUGAUAUGAAAGAUUCGAAACCACCGGCGGAAAAUGAAAAUACAGAUUCAAUAGAAGAAAAAAAUGAACAGGAAGAAAAAAUAGAUUUGAACGAUGAUUCUAGUGAUGAUGACGAUGAUGAAAGUAAUGACAAAGGAGAACAUGUGAAUCAGGAUAACGAAGAAAAAAUAGACGAAGAUGCAGAUCCUAAAGGUACAUCGAAUCAAAAACAAGAUACGAAUAAUGAAGAAGAAAAGGAUGAAGAAAAGAAAGAUGAGGAAACAGAGGAAAAAGAAGAAUUAGAAGAAAAGGUUGCACCUAGUGUUAAUGAUGCGAGUAAGGAACUUGAUGCUUCAGAACAAAUUGAUUCUAGUAAAGAUGGUACUAAAGAUAAUGUUAUACAAGAAUCGCAAACAGAACAAUACCAAGAAAAACCUACGGAAAAUAAUCAAGACGAUAGUAAGAAUAAUGGUGUUGGACAAUCGCAAUCAGAGAGACAAGAAAGUGGUCAUGCAGGUUCCUCAAUAGAUGACACUAAUACUUUAUCCCAGCAAGAAGAAAAUAAAUCAAAACAGAUGAAUAAAAGAAAGAAUCUUGGUACGGCUGAUGAAAAUCGUAGUUUACUUGACAAAACUGAACCGGAAAGGAAAAAGUUGAAAAUGAUUAAUUCGCAAGAAGAAAUAUUGGAACGAGAACAAGAGGAUCAAACGAUAAAUAAAGAUAAAGAUGAUAUCGAUAUGUGUCAACAUAUUAAAAAUAGUGAUCAAUUUGAUGAUUACGCAAUGGAUGCAGCUACUGAGAAUCAAUUAAAACAACAAGCAUCGAAUAUGGAAGAUGAAGAAAAUAAAGAAAAAAAGGAAGAAGAAGAAGAAGAAGAGGAUAUGGAUGUUGAUCUUCAUAAAGAUGAAAAUGAAGAUCUUAAUAAAGAGGAAGACAACAUACCUAAACAGAAUCCAGAAAAGUUGGUUCAGGAUAAGAAAGAACAACAUAAAAAUGAUUCGUCGCAAAAAGGAAAUAAUACUGAAAUGAAUCAAAUGGAGACAAAUGUAGAAAUAGAAGGUGAUUUUAUAGAAACGGUAAAAGUAGAACGUGGAAAUGAUACAACAUUUCAUACUAAUAUGGAUAUAGAUAAUAAUGCUAAAUUGAAUAAAUCAAUUGAAAUAACAAGAACAGAAGUUGAAAAGAUGUUAAGCGAAUGGACUUAUGUACCAUCAACGGAAGAGGCAACAAUUGCAUGGAACUAUUUAAGUACGGUUACUGAUUCGGCCGCUCGUGGUUUAUCUGAAAAAUUAAGAUUAGUUUUGGAACCUACAAAAGCAACGAGAUUAAAAGGAGAUUAUAGAACGGGAAGACGUAUUAAUAUGAGAAAAAUUAUUCCAUAUAUUGCUAGUCAAUUUAGAAAGGAUAAAAUAUGGUUAAGGAGAACUAAACCGUCUAAACGUGAUUAUCAAAUUGUAUUAGCAUUAGAUGAUUCAAGUAGUAUGGCUGAUAAUCAUUCCAAAGAAUUAGCUUUCGAAUCUCUUUCAUUAAUAAGUAAAGCUAUGACAUAUUUAGAAGUAGGACAACUUUGUGUUAUAAGCUUUGGCGAACGUGUAAGUGUUUUACAUCCAUUAGGAGAAACAUUCACUGAACAAAGUGGUUCCAGAUUGAUUCAAGAAAUGAGAUUUGAACAGAAAAAGACAUCAGUAGGACAAUUAGUUGACUUUACCGUGGAUAUGUUUGAAACUCAAUCUAGCUCUUCUGAUAAUGCCAAACUAGUUGUUGUAUUAUCCGAUGGUAGGGGUAUAUUUUCUGAGGGAACUGAUAAAGUAAAUCACGCUGUUAGAAGAGCUAAGAUGGCAGAUAUUUUCCUCGUAUUUAUAAUAGUUGAUAAUCCGAUAAAUAAGGACUCCAUUUUGGAUAUAAGAAUGCCUGUAUUCGAAGAUGGAAAAUUAUUAAGUAUUCGUUCCUAUAUGGAUAGUUUUCCAUUUCCAUUUUAUAUGAUUUUGAGGGAUAUUAAUAUGCUACCUGGAGUAUUAAGUGACGCUUUAAGACAAUGGUUCGAAGUUGUUGGCAAAAUAGAUACAUAAAACAAUUAAGCGUAACAAUAUUAUAUAAUUGUAUAAUAUAUAAUAUACAAAAAAAAAAAAUAAAUCAU